CGUUGUUACUGACUGACUGACUGAUCUGCCUCCAAGUCUACUCCUUCCUACGCCAGACAACGUCACUCGUCGAGGUAAAUGGUGGAUGAGUAUACUCAACAUGUCCCAGCCACCUUAAUUAAUACAGAUUCACUACUUUAUCGAAUCGUUUACCAUUUUUAUCCGCUAUCAUAUCCCUUAUCUCAAGGUUACUCAAUCGGUUGUUCAAAAUUAUACGAGGGAUGUCUCAAAAAAACCUGUGACGGAAUACAAGCAACCUACGAACAGAGCAAAAUACUGCACAGUAAAUUUGUUCAUUGGUUAGGAAACAGACUUCUUGACUAUACCGCAAGUGACACAUUUAUCUAUAAACCAGUCGAGGUUUUUGAACCCAUGUUCAGGUUUUGUGAGAUACCAACCCUUCAAGAUUGAUGGGACUGCCAAGAUAAGUGAAGCGAUGGACACACUCAAUUGAUUUUCUUCCUAUCCUUAUUUCAGGUGUUGACACAGGUGGAUGGGACUGUUAUAGAAAAGCAAAAAGACAACAAUCCAGUUCUUUUUUAUUGCCUAUCAUUAGUCAAUCUAGUUUUCCCUUUAUAAUAUAUGAGGGAGAAAAAUCCUUGACAUGCAAGAAGAAUCCAUUGAAAAUGUUGAUACACAGAACGUCAAGUAUAUUCCAUGCAGAUAGUGUGCUUAAAUUACUUAGUGUGCGUAAACCCCAUGAAAAACGCCGAAAAGCAAAGAAGUCUCAAGAUGCACUUAACAGUUUACAGGAUGAUGCUUCGAAGACUUCAAUCAAUUCUCAAAUUUAUUCGACUAGGAGAAUAGAAUUUGAUGACGAUGGAGAGAUAAAAAGUUUAUACGCUGCAGAUAACUGGGAUCUUUCUGAUUGUACUCGCAGGUCGAAAAAGCGUUCAGGUUACGUCACUUUUACAAACAUAUGUGCUGAACAGAAAUUUACACAGGAAUCUGGAGUCUCAAACCUUAAGAAUACUGAUAUUAAAUCUUACAUUUCAGAAGAUGAGUUAGAAUCCGUACGUGAAAUACCGAUCAAACAUGAGAAGAAUCAGCAUUUAGAAGUGACAGUCUACAGUUUUCCUACUGUUGUGAAGUAUUGGUAUGAUACUUUUCAGAAACUUCAUUUACUCGCCAGGAUAACUAAAAACCAAGAAGGCGUCAACAAUCAUUGUUCAGUGGUUGAACAAACCCCUUUGUCCACCGCAUCUGAAAGUCGGUCAAAUAAUACAUCAUUACAUGAAGAACAAAUGGAAAGCUGUCAAUAACAACGUGGUUUUUUCCGAGACCGGUCUUCCGAAUAGGCCUUCAAAAUACUGGAAGCAAAUACGCUGAUUCGUAAAUCCUUUUUUACAACAAUCUGGAAACAAAUAGUUUUAAAUGUAACACUUCAUGCUAUCUGUCGUUUUGAAGUUUCAUUACUUUCUUCAAUGUGUUGUUCUUGUUAAUUGUUAGCUUCUUCAUCGUCUCUCCUUGGUGUAGAAUCAUUAAGCUGCAUAUUGGGUUGUCCUGUUUAUGGCUAAAAGUUUGAGAUCUAUCGUUUUUUCUAAAUACCCUUUGGUUAGCGACUGUUGAGUAUGUCCAAAUCACCAUGGUUUUACCAGUAAGUAUCCCUAAGGUCAGUGUAUGAGAACAGACUUCGUGCUAUCCUACUUAACGGUAUUGUAUUAGUUUGUUACGUGAUAAAAGUGAUUCGCUACAGCUUAACACUUUGAUGAAUGGUCCUAAAUGUUAGUACGAAGUGAUUUCUUGUUAAAUAUAAAAUAAAAUCUCACGUUAUCUAUUAGUUGUUAAGCUUAUUUAUUUGAAGCCAAAUAGCUAUAAAGCUAGCUGGAA